UUCCUAUACAUCUUCGCAACCAUCUCACUCAUCAGCUCUGCACUCCCCAAGUCAGACCCUUUCACUUCGACAAAUAAUUCAAUCACGUCAAACAAAAUGCCAAGCAAUCAAGCAGCAUGGCUCGAUGGCAAAGACCAGAAGUUGCGGGUCGCUGAAAUAGCUUACACCUCGCCAGGUGCUGACGACGUCGUAAUUCAGAACCAUUCCUUAGCCAUCAACCCUGUCGAUUGGAAGAUCCAGGACUCUGGUAUGUUCAUCCAGAACUGGCCGACCGUAGUGGGAUGCGAUGUGGCCGGCGAGGUCUACGAGAUUGGCUCCAACGUGACUGCCUUCAAGAAAGGAGACCGAGUCAUUGCACAUUCCAUCUCUCUCGCGACCGGCGAGAUCAAAGGCUCCGCUUUCCAGCUGUACUCUACUAUCCCCGCCGCCACCGUGGCCAUUCUCCCGUCCUCCAUCUCAUACAGCCAAGGUUCCGUCCUCCCCUUGGCCAUCGAUACCGCCGCGGUUGGUCUCUACGCCGAAGCGGAGAAGGGCUUCUUCGGAUUGCCCUACCCAUCGUUGAAUCCCUCCUCUUCCGGCAAGACUCUCCUGGUCUGGGGCGGUUCUUCUUCCGUUGGUGCCUUGACAAUUCAGCUCGCUGUCGCUUCCGGCGUCAAAGUCGUCUCCGUUGCAAGCAAGCACAACAUCGACUUUGUCAAGUCACUCGGUGCCAGCGAAGUCCUCGAUUACAAAACCUCAUCUGUGGUCGAAGAUGUCGUCAAAGCAGUCAAGUCGGUGGGCGGCGAAUACCUCGGUACCUACGACGCCAUUUCGACCAACGACUCUUUCAAGCACGUCCUUCCCAUCACGGAGAAGCUGGGAGGAGGAAAACUCGCCCUGACCCUCGGUGGACCAAAGGAGGGUGUGCCCGAGAACGUCAAGAUUGCCAAUGUGUUUGGCGUCAAUGCAGUCACUCAUCCAGUGUGGAAGGACUACAUCACGCCAGCGCUUGAGCAGGGAAAGUUGAGGGCUGUUCCGGAGGCCCAGGUUGUUGGUAAGGGUCUGGAGAACGUACAGAAGGGUCUCGACGCGCUCAAGGCGGGUGUCAGCGCGAAGAAGGUCGUGGUCGAGCUUUGAGGUCUGAAUGAAUGGAUGAUGUUGAGCUUGCUCAACGGAUUGUCGUGGGUUCAUAAGACGGAUUCCAACGCUGAUGAUGAAUCGACGAAAUGAUAAUGAAAAUGGGACAUUGAGAUGCCU